ACACUCAAUCACAGCAUGUUUCUUCUGCAUGUUUGGCGUUUGUGUCAAAACAAAAAAACUUUUUCCGCAUUUUCCACGAGAUUUUCUCACAAUUUUCACCCCUAAAGUGCAUUUUAUACCCCGAAACAAUGCAUUCCAACGGACGACGAGAUCAAAUUGUGCUGAAAUGUUGUGAAAAUGCCAAAAAGUAGGUGUUUUUGUUUUUCCGGGACAUUUGUUUGUGCUGUGGUGCUUCCGGGAGUGUGUGGAAGUGGGUGCCCCUUUUGUGAGUUCGGGGGUGGACAGAGUGUGGUUGUUUUGUUGUAAUAAGUAAAAAGGAGUGAUAUUGAGGAUGAAUCCGACAAGCCUGUAUGUGUCCGUGUCACGGCUUGUCUUCCAAUCGGAUACUUUGGAGCAAAACUGGACGGAUCUCUUCCGUCUCAUUCCCUACCUCAGGCAAUCGCUGUCAUGCUGCGUCUGUGGGAAUCUCCUCAUGGAACCCUAUAGCCCCGAUAGCCCGUGUCAGCAUCACGAGUGCAAAACGUGCAUCGGUGGUAGGAAGAAUCUCAAGCCAUCCUGCUCAUGGUGCCGAGAGUACCAGAAGUACGAAGAGAACGUGCAGCUGCGUAUCCUCCUGCAGUGCUACAAGAGCCUGUGUGAGCACAUAAAGAGCUCAGGGAUUUACCAGAAUAUGCAGAAGCAGGUGCAAACGGCAGCAAUGGUGAAUGGGAAUAGUGCUGGCACGAGUUUAAUUGACAUCAUUGAGGAGGGUGUAAGAUUCCAGGAUAACUUCAAGAGCACCUCGGGACUCACAAAGUCCGCCUACUCCAUUCUUCCGUGUCUCUACACCUCUAUCCCUGCAGCCCCAUCUGUGGGUAUCAGGGAUGCCAAUAGCAUUGCUGAUCGUCUCAGUGGGGGCCCAUCGACGGCAACAGUGCCACGAACACAACCCCCACCGACUCCUGCACAACCUGCCAUCAAGACGGUGUCCAAUGGAUCUGCCAUGUACUCCGUGCUGUAUGCUGGGAAUGGCAAUAAAAUCACAAUAAAGCGGAAGACAGCAGAACCUACCCCGGCACCACCACCACCACCUCCUGAUCCCCAAAUACCACCCAAAACAACCAUCCUGCCCUGCUUCAAAAAACCCUUUCAGGCUACAACAAAAGCCGCAGCGGCAGCAGCAAAAGCAGCCGCAAAGCGAAAAGGUUGCCGAUGUGGCAAUGCAACAGCAACCCCCGGCAAGCUGACGUGCUGUGGCCAACGAUGUCCUUGCUAUGUGGAAUCCAAAGCAUGCUUGGAUUGCAAAUGCCGUGGCUGUCGCAAUCCCCACCGACCGGAUGGCUUCAAAGUGCGCCCACGCAUUCCGGAAUUGGAAAACUUGGAGUUGAGUCUCGAUGUGGCUACAACAAUGCCGGAAAGUUGCUUCGGCAGCCCCCAAGAGACCACCACGUACCUGGAGCAGCAGGAAUGCCCAAUGCCAGGUGAACAACACAUCACAAUUGACCACAAUCCACCAAGUCCUGUUGUCUUCACAACAAGUAGCCUCCAAGGUAACAUUCAAGUACUAAAUGUUUAUUCGGGGAGCCUCUCGCCGGCAUCUAGCACCGUUCCGGCGAUUCUAAUGAGCGAAACCCCGGCAACGUCUUCUUCCUCCAUCUCUUCAAUGUCCUCCUCGAGUUCCACAUCAUCCUCGGCAUUUGCCCUGAAGGACAACUACGGCCUCCUCAAUGCUGUCUUUGCCGAGGAGAUUGUAGACUCACAAGAUUCCCUCCUGACGGACGACGAUUCCCGCGAACGCAUUACGGAUGAAGAAUUGGAGCAGAGUGACGUUGAGAUUGACGUAUAGAGACACCCAAAAUGAGAACCAAGAAGGAAGGAGUUUUAAUGCAAAGAAAACGGGACAGGGCAGCUGGAUAGAAGUGCAAUCUUUUGUGUGGGAAUAGCCAAAAAAAAAAAAAAAAAGAAAAAAUAAAGAAGGAAAAUGUUGUUGUAGGAACAAAGAAAAAGGUAAGACUCCUUUUAUUAAAGAAUUUUUCAUUAAUCUGUGAGGAAGAAACCUUUGCAAAAUGUGAAUGAAAGAUAAGAAAAAAUCUCUAAAUGUGAAAGUAGAACCUCUAAAUGUGGAGUUAUUAAUAUUUUAUGCAAAAGAAAGAAGAUUAAAGACAUUUUCCCCAUAAAUUGACCUUUUUUCUUCAAAUUCGCUUUUAUAUUUAAGAAAGAAACUUUUAGGAGGAUUUUCUUUUUUGUAAAAUUCUCUAAGAAUUUUAUGCUUAAGAAUUUUUAAAAUGAGCAGCAUCCUUGUUUUUUUGUACACAAACACAAGCCUGUCGUCGAUCUUGUUGUAAAAAAAAAGAAAAACAAAUAAAAAUUGUAUAAAAACUUAAGUAUUUGGAUGGAUAUUUAAGAAAGAAAAAAAACACCACAAAACCCAAUUUUAUUGUUGUUUAGAUGAGAAUGAGUUUAAAAACAAAAAUGAAAAUUAAGGAUAAAACCAUUUAAACAAAGAAAAAAGAAGAAAUACUGUAAAUUAUUUUUUAUAAUAAAAUAAGCUCUACUGGUAAAA